AUGGAUGGGAAAGAAGAUCUUGUUCCUUCGAAAAGAGCGAGGAUUGAAGAUCCAUCAUCUUCAAAAGAGACAAAGAUCAAAGAGAAGGGUUCGACAUCUCGAAACACCGACGAAUCAGAUGAUUCUGUCGUUGAAAUAUCCGUGAUAUCUGAAGAAUUGUACAAGGAAAACCCCAGAAACUCCAUUGAAGGCUUAAAAAGACUUUUGGAGGAGGCUAAAAGGAAUUUGCAGAAUGAGUACGAACGAAAUCGGUCUUAUACGGAUGUACUUCGAUCGGCCAGAGACGCAUUGAUCGGGGUUCGCGAUAACGCUUGGGGAUAUUCUCGAAAUCAAAAUGUUUAUCAGUUACAAACAUCCCUUCUAGACCUUGCAGCCCUUCCUCUGGAUGAAAGAUACCCUCUAUUGGGACAGCGACAAUGUAAUAAGAAUCCAAAGUGGUUGGUUAUUAAGGAAUCAUCGGAGGACAAUACUAGUUUUUUUCUUCUUGUCUUUCGGUUCUCACCCGCACGGGUAACAGAGAAAGCACGGUUCGGGCAAGAGUACAAGGGUUUGGUUGAUAAAACCUCUCACACACACUGUGCACCUUUCUACCACACUUACACACACAUAGCCUCCCACCCAGGCUUCACUUUGGAUAGGAGAGGAUGGAUUAUUACCUUCGUGGGAUUCUGUCCCCGUAUAGGUAGUAUGUACAUCCUCACUGGACUAAACUCUCCCAAUGAGUUGAGGGAGGAACCCUGUUACCUUAUGGGACUACAGGGGCACCUUGUCCAGGACCUCUGGCUAACAAAGAAAAACAACAGAGGCAUUUAUGAAGCCCUGGAAAAAAUUAAAUCAGAGCUUAUGUCAUUGGGUUUUAUAUCCCUGCUACUAACGGUUGGGCAAGGUCCCAUCUCCAAAAUAUGCAUAUCGGAGAAAGUUGCGAACACGUGGCUUCCAUGCGGCAAGAAACAAAAGGAAACCCAUGAAAACAGCCGGAUACUUGUUUCUUUGUCGGAUUCAUGCGGAAGCGGAAAAGUACCAUUCAUGUCAUCGGAUGGUAUUCAUCAACUACACAUUCUCAUAUUCGUAUUGGCUGUUUUCCAUGUUCUUUAUUGUAUCCUCACCAUGGCUUUGGGUCAAGCCAAGAUGAAGAGUUGGAACAGAUGGGAGAAAGAGACAAGAACGCUAGAGUACCGAUUCUCCCAUGAUAAUGAGAGGCUUAGGCUUGCUAGAGAAACGACAUUCGGAAGAAGACAUCUGAGCUUUUGGACCAACUCUCCUUUCCUCAUUUGGAUAGUGUGUUUCUUUAGGCAGUUUGUCAGGUCCGUUCCUAAGGUGGACUAUUUGACAUUACGACAUGGAUUUAUUAUGGCACAUUUGGGCCCUCAAAGCAGUACACAAUUCGAUUUCCAAAAAUACAUUAACAGGGCACUUGAAGAAGACUUCAAGGUGGUGGUGGGGAUUAGACCUCCAAUAUGGUUCAUGGCCGUGCUUUUCCUUCUCUUUAAUAACCACGGCUGGUACUCUUAUCUGUGGCUAUCAUUUCUCCCAUUAAUUAUCAUCCUAUUGGUUGGAACAAAGCUACAGGUGAUAAUAGCCACAAUGGGACUUAGAAUUCUGGGGAGAGCGGGGAUUGUGAUGGGUGUGCCGGUCGUACAGCCAGGCGAUGACCUAUUCUGGUUCAAUCGCCCACAUCUCCUCCUCUAUCUCAUAAACUUCAUACAUUUUCAGAAUUCCUUUCAACUUGCAUUCUUCAUAUGGAGUUGGUAUGAAUUCGGAAUAAAGUCUUGUUUCCACAAGCAUUUGAUGGAUAUAAUCAUCAGAAUUUCGAUAGGGGUCUUUAUACAAAUCCUCUGCGGCUAUGCCACUCUCCCUCUGUAUGCCCUCGUAACACAGAUGGGGUCAACUAUGAAGCCAACCAUUUUCAGCAAAAGAAUAGCGGUGGCUCUACGAAAUUGGUACCACAGAGCUAAAAAGGACAUCAAACAGAGCAAUGGAUCGGUGACCCAAAUGUCAAUAAGAUCAACCACACCAUCUCACCACAUGUCCCCUGUGCACCAAUUGCAUCGUUCGAGAAGCGGCGAAGUUGACAGCAUGCAAACAUCUCCUAGAAGAUCCAACGUUGAUAUGGAAGAUUGGGAGACAAAUUCUCCCUCCCCCUCACACCCUAACAUUAGUGGCGAUGGUUCAUCAUCGACUUUGCACCAUCAUUUACGACAAAUGGAACAAGAUUAUGCUGAGGACGAGGAUGAGGUCAGGGAUUACAAUGAAGCGGAUUUGGAUAAUCUAGUGCCUCAGCAUAAGAUUGAUAUUGCAUCGUCUCAAGAUUGGAAAAUGACUCUUGGCGAAUCGGAGUAUCCGAUGACUCGGGGCGAGCCCAAAAAUGUCAUAGGACUCUAG